AUGAGACUUCCAUCCAGCUCUUCGCUUGUCUUGGCUACUCUCGCCAUUUCGUCUUCGUCUUCGACUUUAUGCGCGCUCGCUGCUCCCGCGGGCGAUCACGCUCAAGCUUCAUCUGGUGUUGGUAGUUCCAAUAAUCAAUUCCGGGACGCCAGGCGCGAUUCAGUCUCUCAUCCUAAUCCUCAAGUUGACUACGCUCGGGAAGCGCGUUCAGAAGAACAAAAUGUAGAAGUUCAAGAGCGAGGCCUUCUUCCUGGACCUCUAUGCACUCUUCCGUUGAUCCCUGACUUACUCAACGUGCUCGGAAUGCCCUGUCCUAGCGUUCAAGCCGCAGACGUCGACACCUUGAGCGUGAUGUCAGCCGAUAAUACAACUGAUACUACCCCCGAGGCCUCUCCUACAUGGAGUCCGACCCCAUCGAAUUCGUCUACUUCUUCUUACGCGCCUUCCACUUCUAGUGCUCCUUCUCGUCGUGAUGCCUCUCCGCUUCCUCCAAAUGCUCCUGAGCUUCCCGUCGACCCUAACGCGAUCCUAGGAGGUGUGACUGGCGUUGUCACUGGCAUUCCUGGCAAAGCUGGGGAUGUCGCUAGCCAGGCUCCUCUUCCGCAACCAGUCGAGGACAAGGCGGGGACUGUUGAAGGUGCUCUACCUAUACAGCCAGGACAGGUUCCGUCCACGGUCAUUGGUGCGGCAAAAGACAAGUUAGGGGCUGCCGAAGGGGCUGCUCCUCAACCAAUCAAGGAUAAUGCGGGAACCGUCGAAAACGCUGCUCCUAUUCAACCUCCGGUUCGUCGUAGUCAUCGCGCGAGACGAGAUGCCCCUGCCCCUCCUUCGCCUCCUUCUGCACCGCCUUCGCCUCCUUCGCCUCCUUCUGGUCCUCCUUCUGGAGCUCCCUCUCCUCCCGUUCAGCCGCCUGUCCAACCCCCUGCCAAGCCACCUGUCCAGGCUCCCAUUCAGCCGCCAGCAUCUACCGCCACCGUCACGAGCACGAGUACUGUAACAGAAACCGCGGCGCCCACCUCUGCUUGA